AUGCAGGGCAUCAUUAGAAAUAAGACCUCCACCCUUCCCAUUGUUGGACCAGCCGAUCGCAUAAAGCCAUCCCAGACCACUUUUAUUCGGCCAGCUCAAAUGAGUCUUUUCGCUCGAGUAACCUCUUACCCGCCCCUGGGGCAAGUGACCUGUCUGCAGCGACCCCAGAAGACGUUGCGGCCUGAAGAGGACGAUGCGGUACGCUUUACUGUCGUCAUUGAGUCCAGCACGUCACUUCCACAGCAAUCGUGGGAGGCACAGAUUUGGCACAAUAUCACCAGCCCCGAAUGGAAAGCUCUUCCAUUACGCAAAGUUGACUCCACAAAUGCACCGUUGCUAACAGGCAAUGAAGCCGAUUAUAAUUUUUAUCGCCAUGUAUUCUCAGAGGAGAUUUCGCUCCCCGCAGCUGGUGGUCACGCUCAGUUCACCGCACGCUUCCGGACCAAUCCUGACACCGAGUGGCAAUGGGCAAGCCAACAGCGUCCAGUCAAUGAUGGCGAGCUGGUCUUCGGUCCCCGAAACUCAGAGGUUCAAAAGACAUCAUCAAUUGAUGUUAUUUCUCUGAAUACGAAAGAGGAAUUCACGAAAUAUAUCGACGGUCUCUCAUCUGAGGUGCAAGUUGAAUCUCGUCGCAGUGAAUGUCCGGGCUCCUUACUUUGGGCAGUAUCUGGAGAUGCCAACGCGGCUCAAAAAGGCGUUUCUGGUUUGACAGAACUCUCUCUCGGGACACCAUCAUCUAUGCUCAGGUACUUCUCACUGGUGCGUAUAUGGAGCCCGUGGCUGGGUCCUCGGCAUGGAAAGGACAAGUUCCGUUUGACAGAGGAGGCGAUAUUGUGCUCUUUUCUGCGGAAAGAUGGAACAAAUCUCCUUCUCUUGGCCGUAUCGGGAGUCAAUGAUGUCCUGACUACUUUCAGGUCUGGCGAGGAUGGCGACGUGCUGAUCAAUGCUAAGAGUGAUAAUGAAGAGCCAUCUCAAUUCCACGUUCUCGCCGCAGUAGCGGAGGACUUUGAGGUUGCCAUGUCGGCAUUAGUGUAUGAAGCAAGGAAAGUUGUCAAACCAUUCUCUCAAUCUACCAGUGGCGCAUCGGAGGAACAGCCUCCCCUAUCUCCCCCUGGGGAUGAUACGGUUAUUGUUGAGAAGGAUAUGAAAACACAGUGGCUCACGGAAUGGUUUGAUGGCUUGACAUACUGCACUUGGAACGGACUUGGUCAGAAUCUGACCGAAGAGAAACUUUUGGGUGCAUUAGAUGCCUUGAAGAACCACGGGAUCAAUAUCGUCAAUUUAAUUAUUGAUGACAAUUGGCAGAGCCUUGACAAUGAGGGCGAGUCUCAAUUCAAACGCCGUUGGAAGGAGUUUGGGGCAAAUCCCAAAGCCUUUCCUCGAGGUCUAAAGCAGACUGUCGAGACAAUCCGCCGGUCUCACCGUAAUAUUCAGCAUGUUGCAGUUUGGCACGCCUUGCUGGGCUACUGGGGAGGUAUCUGCCCCGAUGGUGACCUUGCGAAGAGAUAUAAGACCAAGGAAGUCAAAGUCAAGGAUCCUGCAGCCGGAGGUCCCAUUGCACAUGAUAUUGCAGACGGAAUAAUUCUUGCCAUUGACCCAGAGGAUAUUCAACGCUUCUACGAGGAUUUCUAUGACUACCUGACCUCUGCCGGCGUGGACUCUGUCAAGACUGACGCCCAAUUCUUUCUCGACCUUCUCGAUGAUCCGGAGGAUCGCAAAAGAUUCAUGACGUCUUACCAAGACGCGUGGUCCAUUGCUUCACUGAAGCACUUUAGCACCCGUGCAAUUUCAUGCAUGUCAUUGAUUCCACAAAUGAUAUUCCAUUCGCAGCUCCCGACAAGCAAGCCGACGAUUGCGCUGCGAAAUUCCGAUGACUUCUUUCCGGAAAUCCCUGCGUCUCACCCAUGGCAUGUGUUCUGCAAUGCACACAAUGCGCUCUUUACUCGGUACCUCAAUGCCCUACCAGAUUGGGAUAUGUUCCAGACCAGCCAUCCUUAUGCAUCUUUCCAUGCCGCUGCUCGCUGCGUGUCGGGUGGGCCAGUAUACAUAACCGACGAGCCGGGCAAGCACGACUUGGAACUGCUAGAUCAAAUGACGGCGCCGACAGUCCAAGGAGGCACCGUGAUUCUUCGUCCUAGCAUCAUUGGUCGCACGAUCGAUGUCUAUCACGAUUACAAUGAGGGCCAUAUUUUGCGUGUUGGAAGCUACACUGGCUGGGCUAAGACCGGCAGCGGAGUACUGGGCUUAUUCAACAUCCACUCUGCCGAGACAUCGUGCAUGGUCUCGUUGAUGGACUUCCCUGGAGUGCAUGAGGACUCAAGUGGCCAGUACAUAGUCCGGGCGCACACAAGUGGCAAAGUCACAGAGCGAAUGCAGCCAAUGGCGCAGAACUCUCUUGUGUCUGUCGUUUUGCAGGAGAGGGCCUGGGAGAUUCUCACAGCAUACCCGACCCAAUCGUUUACAAUCAAGGGAAGCAACGCUUCCAGCGAGAGCCAAACACAUGUGGCUAUCCUUGGUCUAAUUGGAAAGAUGACAGGUGCCGCUGCGGUAAUUAGUUCGGACAUUUACAUUGUUGACAAUGGUCGUCUUCGGAUUGAUGUUCAUUUGAAGGCGCUAGGGACCCUUGGCAUCUACUUGUCUGAUCUGAAGGACCGAGAGAUCGCCCAGAAAUUUAUGGUCAUGAUCCUCGGAAAGCCAGUGCCCCAAAAGACCGUCUGGAAAGAAGGGGGAGAAGAUAGCCAAGUGCUAGCCAUCGAUGUUCUUGCGGCUUGGAAGUCCAUGAAACUGGACAGCGGGUGGAGCAAUGAGGCUUUCAUCCAGAUUUUUGUCAGUUAA